AUGUCAUCUGUGGCGAGAAGAGUGAAGUUGUGCCGUUUACGAAACAACAUUUCCAAACCAAAAGUUGUGAACAAUAACUCGGUAUGGAAAAAUAUUUUAGAAGACGUCUGCAGCCAGUGUUCUGUGCACGGGCUCAACCAUAUCACCAAGAAAGACCGUAGUCUAAAAGAAAAAACAUUUUGGACUAUCAUCGUUAUACUAGCGAUUCUGUUAGCUACUUACGCCAUCUUUGAGUCUUGGAUGUCCUACAACAAGAGCACGAUAGACACUGUCGUGGAAACAACAUUCUUUAAUUAUGCGGAAAUAGCGUUCCCAUCAGUAUUCAUAUGCGACAGUUCCCGAGUCGACUGGGACCGAGUGAUGAAGUUGACCCCAGAAGAUAUUCCGGGGUUCGAUCCUAAACUGUUGCCGACGGUCAGAAAAGUAUUGAAAACAUUUUCGCUUUUAUCGUACGGCGAUUUCGAUCAAUUCGAUGAAUUGGUUAACGUAACGGAACUUUCUCAGCUGAAGACAUUGAAUCUCACUGAAAUGUUGUUCAAGGUAAUGAGACCGUGUAAUGAGAUGUUUAUCGGCAACUGUUGGUGGAAUUUCAAAGAAGUGAACUGUUGCGAUUUAUUUGAAGUGCACCGUACCGAAUUCGGGCUGUGUCAUUCGUUUAAUUCGGAUUUUUCAGAAUACAGUAGGGCAAGACUCGGCGCUGAUUCGGGGCAAAUUGGACAUUUUUGGCGAACGGAGCGUGGGGAAAUCCGACCUCGAAGAACGGGCGACAAGGGACAAUGGUCAGGUAUCAGAAUGUAUAUAUCUACAAUGAAACCUGAUCAAAUAGCUCCGGGAAUAAACGCCAAACCUUCAGUCCGAGUGAUGAUGGGUGAACCAAGAGGUGCUCCGCUUGGGUCGGACAUGGUAGUGAUGGCUGGAAGCUUUGGUAAUAUUCACGUAUGGGGAGAUCGUAUUUACAAUACUAAAAGAACAAGAAUGCUAAAUCCAAAAAAAAGAAAAUGUUUAUUUCCCGACGAGAGCGGGACAGGCAUGGGUACAAAAUAUUAUCUCCGCAGGAACUGUAAAACUGCCUGCUACAUGAACCAUGUGUUAAACUACUGUGGUUGUUAUUUGGAAUUUUCGUUUGCCCUAAUGACCAAAAACGAUUCAUUAAGACCGUGCAACGUAGAAGAUUUAUUGUGUUUGUCACAAAAAAACUUGAUAUUUAACAACUUUAUACCAGCAGUAGCAACAUCAUUUUUUCAAAACGAACCACCAGGCAUUAGAUGCGACUGCAUGCCAGACUGUCACCAUCAAAUGUACAUAUCUGAACUAACCAUCGCCGAGCCGUCAGUGACCUCAGUUUUUAAUUCUUCGUCAUCAAUACUUAUUGAUCUUCACUUCAGACAAAGCACGUGUAUACUAUACAGAUCAGACUUGGUAUUAGGCUGGCUUGAUUUAUUAGUUUCAUUUGGCGGUUGUGCCGGCCUAUUUUUGGGAGCAUCUCUACUAAGCUUCAUUGAGCUAAUUUACUUCCUAACAUGGAGAGUAUAUUACCAUUGGAAAGGGAAACAAAGGCAAAUAUUAAAAAAGAAGUCUGAAUUCGAAAUAAACACAUGGAAAACGGAUAACAACAAAAUUAAACCAUUUCUUGCAUGA